AUUGCACUGAAAAGGACGUCAAGGAGGAGGAGGUUGCAAUGUGAUUGGCCAGGCGGAGGCUGCUAGUCCGGCUUGUGUUGGUCCUUGUGUCUUCUGUUUACACCUGGCGGACCGGAAACAAGUCCAGAGCACCUACAGCGACUCGAGCGGUGGUCAGUCUGCGCGAGCAGAGCUUUUCAACAUCACCUCUUGGCGGAGCGAGUUUUUUUUUUCUAUAUGUCAAACGAAGGAUUUUUUCGGUUUAGGACUCUGGCUGUUCAGCAUCAGUUUAUUUUUCGUUCGGGUCCAAACUUUUUAGUGACUUCCAUCAAGGCGGACAUAAGAGCUGCUGGGAAUAUUGAUAUCGCUUUUUAGUACAAGUUUCACACUGGAGGAAAAGUACACUAAUACGUUUUUAUUGUAGCUUCGGAUACGUUUAUUGUCACUUAAUGGUGGGAUUGGACUGUGUUUGAUAUUCUCCUACAUCACUUGACUGGACAAAAGACACUUUUGUGUGGUCAAACCACGCCGUGUGCGCACCCCCGGACGCUUUACACCCGUGUAGCCGGAAAUGAUGCUCUCUGUUCGGAUGCAGCGUGGACACGCUUACGGUCCGAUUUUGCUUUUGCUUCUGAUCGCGGGAGAUGUCGUGUGUGAUACCGAGGGCAGCGACUACAGUGAUGCUGAGGUUCUACCGGACUCUUAUCCAUCAGCACCAGCAGAACCUCUCCCCGAAUUCCUACUUGAACCAGAGGAUGCUUUCAUUGUGAAGAACCGUCCAGUUCAGCUGCGGUGCCGGGCGUCACCAGCCACACAGAUCUACUUCAAGUGCAACGGGGAGUGGGUCAAUCAAAAUGAUCAUGUCACCAGAGAGAGCUUGGACCAGGGCACAGGCAUGGUAGUGAGGGAGGUGGACAUCUCAGUGUCGAGGACCCAAGUCGAGGAACUCUUUGGGUUGGAGGACUACUGGUGUCAGUGUGUGGCCUGGAGUUCAGCCGGCACCACCAAGAGCAACCGCGCCUAUGUCCGCAUUGCAUACUUGAGGAAAAACUUUGAGCAGGAACCAUUGGGGAGGGAGGUGCGACUUGAGCAGGAAGUCUUGUUGCAGUGUCGCCCCCCAGAGGGCAUGCCCGCUGCUGAGGUGGACUGGCUGAAGAACGAAGAUGUCAUUGUCACUUCGCAGGACUCCAACUUUCUGAUCACCAUCGAUCACAAUUUAAUAAUAAAACAGGCCAGACUCUCAGACACAGCCAACUAUACCUGCUUGGCUCGUAAUGUGGUGGCCAAAAGACGAAGCAGCACAGCAACUCUUAUUGUUUACGUGAGCGGCGGAUGGUCCUCAUGGACAGAAUGGUCCGAGUGUAACACCAAAUGUGGGCGGGGCUGGCAGCGACGAACACGAAGCUGCACCAACCCUGCUCCUCUCAAUGGAGGAGCCUUCUGUGAAGGCCCACCCUUCCAGAGAGUGACUUGCACCACACUUUGCCCAGUGGAUGGAGGCUGGACAGAAUGGGCAAAGUGGUCUGCUUGUAGCACUGAUUGCACCCAUUGGAGAAGCAGAGAAUGCCAAGCCCCUCCACCUAAGAACGGAGGCAAGCACUGCAGCGGGAGCAUGAUGGAGAAUAAAAACUGUACCGAGGGGCUCUGCGCGCGCAAUAAAAAGGUUUCUAUUGAACAUGCAAGUCAUCCGUUGGCUCCAGAGAUGGGUGUAGCAUUCUACGCCGGUCUAGUGGGGGCACUGCUACUCUGCGUGAUUCUGGUGCUGUGCGUGGGCGUUCUGGCCUACCGCCGCGGAUGCGGCCAUCUCCACGGAGACAUCACCGACUCUUCUUCUGCUCUCACUGCUGCCUUUCACCCUGGCAACUACAAACCUCCCAGACAAGAUAACCUCCACCCUCAGCAUCCAUCGGCACCUCCCGACCUGACGGCCACUGCGGGGGCGUUCCGCGGUCCGUUGUUCUCUUUGCAGCAGAGCGUUAACGAAAGCCACCACAAAAUCCCCAUGACCACUUCGCCUCUGUUGGACCCCUUGCCCAGUCUCAAAAUCAAGGUGUAUAACUCCUCCACUCUUUCCUCGCUGGAGAUCCCUGCUGAUAUGUGCUCAGCUGAUGGCGAGAUCCUCAGCCUUAAGUCUGUGGGCACUGGAGGGAGGGAGCGACAGUUCCAUAGUCAUACGUUGUCCAGAGAGCCUGGGUUGAGCACCAGCGCCACCCUGGGUCAUCUAGGGGGCCGUCUCACCAUCCCCAACACAGGUGUGAGUCUGCUGGUUCCGCCCGGAACCAUCCCCCAGGGAAAGUUCUACGAGAUGUACCUCAUUAUCAGCAAAUGGGACAAAACGACGUUGCCCUCUGAGGGCAGUCAGACUGUGCUAAGCCCCGCAGUGAGCUGUGGUCCAUCUGCUUUGCUGCUCAAUCGUCCCGUUGUCCUCACCUUGCCCCACUGUGCCCAGCUAGACACGCCAACACCUGACUGGACACUCACACUCAAGACACAGACUCACCAGGGAGCAUGGGAGGAGGUGCUGACAGUGGGAGAGGAAAGUUUGUCUUCUCCGUGCUAUCUGCAGUUGGAGGAGGAGUGUUGUCACGUUCUCAUGGAGCAGCUGGGCACGUAUGGCCUGGUGGGUCAGUCGUGCCCUCCGCAACCGGCCUGCAAGCGCCUUCAGUUGGCUCUGUUUGCACCCAGAGCACCCUGCCUCUCCCUGGACUACAGCCUCCGCGUUUACUGCAUCCACGACACGCCUCACGCACUCAAGGAGGUGCUGGAUCUGGAGCGAAGUCUAGGUGGAGUCUUACUGGAGGACCCCAAACCACUGCUGUUUAAAGACAGCUACCACAACCUGCGUCUGUCCAUUCACGAAAUCCCUCACACUUACUGGAGAAGCAAACUACUUGCUAAAUACCAGGAGAUCCCAUUUUAUCACAUUUGGAGUGGCAGUCAGAGACCUCUGCAUUGCACUUUCAGCCUGGAAAGAAGCAGCCUGGCAGUGUCACAGCUGUCUUGUAAAAUCUGUGUGCGACAAGUGGAGGGGGAGGGACAAAUCUUUCAGUUGCACACCGACAUCCAGGAGACGCUCCCCCCUCACUCGCCACUCCCUUCAGCAGGCUCCUGUCUGCCUUCUUCUCAAGUAGGACCGUAUGCCUUCCGCCUGCCUUGCUCCAUCCGCCAGAAGAUCUGCGCCAGUCUGGACGCGCCGAGUGCCCGAGGGUGUGACUGGAGACUACUGGCGCACAGUUUAGGCUUUGACAGCCGAUCAGUGGAAAAAGUUUGGGACCACAGGUACUUGAACUACUUUGCAACAAAGCCCAGCCCCACAGGAGUUCUGCUGGACUUAUGGGAAGCUUGUCACCAGGGUGACACAGACCUGGUCUCUCUGGCGACGGCGCUGGAAGAGAUGGGCAAGAGUGAGGUGCUGGUUGUCAUGACGACAGAUGGGGAUUGUUGAUCGGCGGAGGAACAAGCACGUAAAUGUGACUAAUCAUGAACAUGCCUAUGAAUAUUUCCACUGCGACACAGAUGGUAACACAUUUUAGUUCCUUUUCCGUGUGCUCGAUUACCUCUCCAUCACCUCAUCACCAAUCAUUACCAUAACUGCUCAGCCUGAAUCCUGCAAAGCAAUGUUGAGAUUUGACAGCAGUUUGAAGAUGUUUUCUCCUUAAAAGUCUGAAACUGACCACAUCCAUGUACUGUAUAUAAAUAGAGCUGCUGUCAGGGUAGAAAACAAAAACUGAAUGUAUUCAGCCCCCUGAAGUUAGGAACAAUAUGACAAAAGCAGACGUGGGAUUACCAGUGUUUGAGUAGCAGCAUGGAAGUGCAUGAUUGAACACCAUCACACCUCGGGCCAGUCGUCUGAUUGUUUUGUCACCAAUGCAAAUCUCCAUUGUGGUUGCUAGCGUGUGUGCGAGCACCUCGGGCAGCAGAAGCAACCCAAAUGGAAAGCGGUCAUUCAUCGACUCUCACUCACGACCGGCAAGCGUUCCUCGCUUAUUGGCUGCGGACGAAUCAAAUGAGGACGAAAGAAACGCUUUCGGGUACGAGCGCCCGGUUUUGGGCUCUUCUUAUCUCGGCAAGUUAAAGGAGCGACUGUUUCUAUUGUACUAACGAAAUGCCUCAAAGCCUUGGCGUACACACUAUAUCAUUGCAACUGGCAGGGGAUGCUUGUGUGUAAUAUCUCCUCCCACCUUGCCGCACUCCCAGCCAGUGAAAAUAAAUUGCAGGAGUUUCCUGGUCAUCCUUUAAAAGUUUCCUUUGGGGAAUGCUCUUUAAGUUAUCAUCCAUAUUUGGGCAUUAUUUAUCAUGGCUGUUCUCUUUUGUUUUCCAGUGUACUCUUUCUACUACUACAGUAUGGCAGCACGUACUGGAUUUAAAGCACACGGCAGGUCAAUCAGUCAUGGGGAUGACACCAUUUUGUACUUUUAAGUGGAGCCGCCAAACUCAAACGCGUCUGUUGAAGGAUGCAGAUCAAAGGGCAGAUGAAGAGUUGAAUUCUUGAGCAAUUUACUUGGUUAAAUUGUAUUGAAUGCAUCAGUAGCUGUCUUAAAACUCAUAUUACAAAAAAAAUAUGAAUUAACCGCACAGUUUUUUAGUUACUGCCAUAGCAACACCUUAGCAACGAGGGAUGUGCCUCGCUGCCGGCCGCUACCUGAUGACAUCAUUUAAAGAAGACUUCGCUAGCACUCUAAUACGGAAGUACAGGUAGUCCCUGGGUCGACUUAACACCGCAGGAGUCUCGUGCGCCAUUUUGUCGCCAGUCGUUUGUUUUUUUUAGCUGCAUAAAAAGUACCUUAUUGUACCUUAUAGUAUCUUAUUUUUUACUUUACUUUAUUAAGAUGACGUGUUCUGUCCUCACUAAACGUGAAGUUGUUCAUCUUGACAGACAGCAAACAAGGCAGUUGUGCUUUUUGAAGCUUUUGUUGCCUUCACUUUUGACAAUUUGUAAAGUUAUCUACACUUACCGUAAUUUCUGGACUAUUGGGCGCCCCUGAUUACAAGCCUCACCCCGUACAUUUUUAAAGGAAAAACCAUUUUGUACAUACAUAAACCUCUCCUGCCUAUAAGCUGCGUGUGCCCACUUAGUAACAAGAGACAUUGACAAAGAAAUACAGUUUUCAAACGUUCAAUAACACACCUUAACUUUUCGUUCCAAACAGCGCCGGCAAACACGGCAGUUAUAUAGCAGCGGCACGGGAGUUGCAUAGCAUCAGCAUGGCGGUGCAGCACUAAUUGUGCUGGUUAAUAAAAACAUAAAAGUCUUUGUUAGCAAUCUUCAUCUUCUGUGCAUUCAAACCAUGAAAGUCUUCACUCUCAGUGUCGGAUAUGAAGACGCUCAGAUGCACUUCGCCACGCACGCACCUAUUCAGUCUCUCCUUCGCGUCGCCUUCAAUGUCUCCCAUAAUGAGGCAUAUUCACUCCCAGCCUGUGCCGUCGUCCUCGCAGCAGACUGGCCCCUCAAAAGCCGUUGGUGAUGGCGGACUCUUUCACAGCGCUUCACGCUGCCAGGCUCCCCCGGCAAACCUGUACAAAAGCUGCUCUUCGCAUGCGGCGAGUCUUGGCAAACGAUCUCUCGCCGCUCGUCAUCAAAGCGUCCCAUACAACUCGGAUGGCCAAUUUAAUUUCUUCUAGCAUUUUCCAUGAUGCAGGUCUGCCAAUUCUACUCAUGCACAAAGACGAGGGUCCGCCACCUCCAUUCAUGCACAACGCACAAAGUUAAACUACCGGUAGUAGUGCAAACUAGCGUCUUCCUCCAUGUGUCUCACUCCCACAUUCCAUGCUCGAGCGCCCCUGGCGGCCGUUAGAAAAAUACACAAAUUGGCCGCAUCAUUGCACACGCCGCAGGACCCAAAAAGAGAGAAAAAAGUAGCGGCUUGUAGUCCGGAAAUUAUGGUAUGUUCAAAACAACACACAAUUUAACACUUGAAGCCAAACAAUUGGUGUUCAGACAUUCAUCUAGUCGGAUCAAUAUGUAAAUUUUGCAGGAUGAAUUAGCCUAACUUGCCUAACAAAAGUCCGCUAUCUUAAAUGCUAUGAAUGCUAACGUAUUUAUCAAAUCUCAUAGCAAAUUGCUCACACAUAACUCCCAAAACUGUAGCUCUAAACUUAAUUACAAAUGCAUACAUUGGCUGAAACAACUUACAGCCUUAUGUCGGCCAAACCAGAGCGCAGCUGUCCUUUAUCCAUGUCAGACGAGUCUGCUCCUCAGUCCUACAAGGCGACCAUCCAGCCAGACCCAAUGCUGCCACCAGAGGCCAGUAUGUCCUCCAUCAUUAAACAAAAUACAAAACUUUUGGACUUUUGGGAUAGUUGUUUUGAGAUUUGGGGGUACUCAAAGGGUUAAUAGGAAAAGUUUGUAUCCCCUUCUCUUAUUAAAAAAAGGUAAAAAGUGUGACGUACGUUUUUUGGGGGGAAUGAAAACAGUUCAAUUCAAACGGAAAGAUGUUAUUGUAUGUACAAUGUAAUAAUCUGUUGAACAUCAAAAGUAACAUCAAUUAUUAUGCAGAGUUACUAAUUACUCUUACAAUGAGGUAACUGAGUUACUAAAUUACUUUUUGGGAGAAGUAAUUUGUAACUAUAACUAAUUACUUUUUUAAAGUAUGAUUACCAACACUGGACAUCAAACUUCCUGGUUUGGGAAAGCAGUAUUAACCGAGUGCAAAGACUAAAAAAAUAAAUACUUUUUUUUUUUUUUUAAUCUUCUUGCAGUUACGCUUUAGAAGUGACAUAGUUGUUUUGACAAACUCGUCCAAAGUUUAAAUUCAUAAAAUUACUCUGAAAUUCGAAAACCUCUCAUCUGCUCUUUAACCUUCAACUAGAUUAUCAAUGGAAAUCCUGAGUUAACCUGUUGCUGUCAUGUCUUUGCAUUUCCAUCAUAGAGGCAAAGUUUUAAGUAACAAUUAAGCAUUCUUGAUUGUUGUACAAGUAUUUUGUUCCCUUCUCUCACUUAUUUUGGGGUGACGUGGGGGGGAAAUCUCACCUGUUUUUGUGCUCAGGGCAAAGCUUGGUCUAAUAUAAAAAUGGCCAACAUUUGUGGAAGCAUCAUCACUCAAAUAUUUCACAAUUUCACACAGGGCUAACACUGCAUUUUCAUAAAAGUAAAUAUAACAAAAAACAAAUUCAAAAGCACUCAGAGAGGGAAGACGAAAGUGUACGUAGAACAAUACUGUCACCUUGUGGUUACAGUUUUAUGUCUCAGAACUGUGUUUCCUGAUUGCGUUCACAAAUGCACAAUACAACAAAAUACAUGCAUAUAAAUAUACCUUUAGGAUUGGAAACAAUAAUCAUGGAUACAGUUUAACUGGGAUGGCUGGCAUUGAAUGUUUAUGUUUCAGUGCCACUGAUGGCGCUAAACGCCCAAUAAAUUUUAACUGGGAGGACUGGCAGCGAUCAUUAUUGAGUUGAUUUUAUGCUGCAUCUCUUUCAGUAGACUGCUGUUUGUUGGAAAAUGGAAGAUUUAUUCAUAAUAUUUAAAUGGGAAGAUCAAUAUUUUUGACAUUAGGCUUAAUCUUCGAAGUAGCGAUGGUUUUAUUAGUCGGUGGAGUUGAUUUUAACAUAUUCCGUGCAGUUUAUUAGUUAUUUGUUAGUUUUAGGGUCAUGGAUUGGCUAAACUAAAGUAAGUCAAUGGUCCCGUCUUAGCAUGCUAAUAAAAUACAACCUAUGCCUGCAUGAAAAUCAUCGAUAACACAUGCAAUCAAUAGUAUGUUUGUAUACUAUGUUUUCAGGAUAAAGUUAUUAAAAAUGACCUUUGCAUGUCAAUAAGUGUAGUAUGAUCAGUAACAUUUGUAAUCCAGUAGCUCUGCAGGGAGCUGGCUGCAGAGCGGAUUUUUUUCCACUGUUGUGUUCAUGUCAUAACCAGCAGCAAGUAACCGCAGUUUAUAUCGUUUCUAGUUCUUCAUAGGGAAUUUGUGGAAACUUUCAUUUGCACAUUUCUUCUGUUUCCACAGCCUCUAAAUGCACAUUUCACCAUAUUGCCGUUUUUCAGUUAAGACGCCCUAGUCUGAUGCUGCAUUCAAGGAAUGUGGGAAGUUUUCCGACCUUUGACCAGGAAAAUCGAACUGGGAGGCCCUAGUCGCGAAGUCAGGGAAAAAAAAGUCCCCAACUUCACAAGUUGUUUCAAUCUGACGUCAUUCGACAAAAUGGCGCGGCCCGUCGAAAGGCUGACCGCCAAUAUCAAAAGUAAACAAGGCUGUUUACAGUGUGUGGUAUUUGCCUUAGCCGUUGUUUUUCCUCCACUAUUUGAUCGCUUACGAGAAGGCAGGUUUGCUGAAGGUCAAAAUGUCUUUUGAUGACCAAAAUAAAAAACACCUUGUCGGAAUCAGCCGUCUUGCUGUUUACAUUCACUUGGAACACUUUGAGGUCGCAACUGGUCCCACUCGAGUGGAAUAAGCCCGACUUUCCACCUUCCUCGAAUGCAGCUUGAGCUAUUGUGUUCGCAUUACGCAUUUAAUUUAAAAAUAGUCCUUUAGAAUGACAUGAAUUACGGCAGUUUGGUGUAACAUUGUUUUGGCCUCAUGGGUAAUUUGAACAAUGAUCUACAUUUUGAAUUUAUUUGGCUAUCUUAGAUCUGUUAAUAUCAUGUUUUAUUGCAGUGGUUCUUAACCUUGCUAAAGGUACCGAACCCCAUGAGUUUCACACGUGCAUGAACCCUACACUAAGAAUUUGACAAAUCUUUUUUACCCCCCAACUUCAUAAUCGAUAUACCUAAGCUAACAAGCUAAAAGCUAAGUAAAUUUUCAUUCAAAUUUUUAUCUCAUUAGACCACUAAACCAAGACUGGCCCAAGAUUAAACCUGCUUAGUUGCAUUGACCUUGACCGUGCAGUAUCUAUAUAGUCAUGUUUACAUCUCAAAUGAUAUGAAAUGUAAUGAAACACCUUGCACAAAAUGAUUUCCAAAUUUGUACACGAAGUUAUGUUAAAAAAAAAAAAAAAAAAAGAAUCUUCUCCAAUGAACCAGGUCCAAUAAACAGUGCUAAUUUACAACAAAUAAUUUUGCCUUUCGAUUUGCUUUUCACAUUGGAAAAUUAAAUUAAACUCGAUUCAUUUCACACUAUUUCCACUUUUGUUUUCAUGUUUCAUUCGCAUUUUAUCACAUCUUUGCCUCACAUUCUGUUUUCAUGGCGUUAAAUUGUGAUGCAAAUGUUGUUGUUUUUUAUGUCAACGCGGUACACACCACCCAUAAGUCUGUAGUACUUCUUCAUACCAAGUGAGAAUCAACCUUCCACUGAGCAAACAGUUUCUCCUUCCAUCAGAUAGUGGAUUAGCAGUUAAAAGAAUCAGUAUAAAACCUGUAAACUGGGGACUUACCAGUCCAAAACCUGGUCUAAAACGCCACUUUGCCUUGGAUUUAGUCAGCGUCCAAAAAUAGGGCCUUGAGUGUCGUAACCUUCACCGAACCCCUUAGACCUACUCACCGAACCCCUGGGGUUCGAUCAAACCCAGGUUAAGAACCACAGUUUUAUUGGGAUGCUAAGACAGGACCAUUGACUCGUGCUAGCUUAGCCACUCCGGAGCCCUGAAACGAAUAAAUAACAAACUGCACGGAAUUUGUUGAAAUCAACCCCACCGACUAAUUAAACCCCUGCUAACUCGAAGAUUAAGCCUAAUGUCAAAAAUUCGGAACUUUCACUUUAACAUUAGCCCAUUUGUGUUCAGCUAUAUGCCACUUACGUUACACUUUUAAAGCGUUCCACUUUGGGGGUUCCACUGGAUGUACAAAGAGGUGGUUUUAAAUGUGCUGCGAGGGUUUUACAGAUACAUUUGUCAGACUUGAUGAGUUGGCAAAAGUGUCUUUUAACUCUCAACACUUGCUCUGAACUGUAGCUCAUUAGGUCUCCCCUGUUUUUUAUGCUGCCUGUUUUGUGGUCAGGACCUUAAAGCUAUUUUCAUCAACAGUGUUGGCUAACAUUCAUUUUUUUCCCAGCUAUUAUCAGGAGGGAAACACUGGCUGGCAAUUAUUACAAUGUGUGCAAAAAAAAAAAAAAAAAAGUGUUUAUGUCUUUGAAAUCUCAAAACCAAAACAGCAGAAGUAUCUCUUCUUCUGCAGUGAGUCAUGUCACUGCUUGAAUGAAUCUGUAUGUGCGCGAGUGUACCGGUAUGUGUGUGUGCAGACCUUCACAUCCUACCUUUAUGUACGAUUUUUUUUUGUGUGUGUGGACAUUUGGCUGCUCUAUCCUAGAAUGCUCGAUUGCGUGUGUGUGAGUGGGUAGAAGUAAGACGGGGUGCAAAUUUCUUAAAUGCUAUGCAAGCGCAAAAGCAAAGAAAAGCAUCUUGACUUUUUUGCCUCCCAGAAUAAUUCUAUUUUUUCUAAUAAGAGCAUAACAUAGACAGGGUUUUUGAUUUUGUAUCAAACAAAAAGUGGCACCGAAUUGCUUUUUUUGUUGUUUGUUUGUUUGUUUGUUUGUUUUCUGUGGUGUGACUUUCUGAAUUGGAUCAUUGAAUUAAAGAUAUGAAUGCUAUUAGUGGCUUUCUUGUUGCAGGUACUGGCUAUUGUAGACCAGUAUUUAUUCUCUCAAGAUUUUGGGGGAUUUUUCAAUGUAGCUCUGAUACAUGUUGCUGCCGAUGAACUUAACUCCUCUUUGUUCCUGUUUGAAAAGACUUUGUUUGGGGGGGGGAAGAAAAUACGUUUUUACAAAAAAAAAAAAAAAGUUUAAAAGUGUAUUUCAGUGACAUUUUAUCUCUGUAAAGUACCAAUUGUAAAUAAACAUCUAGCCUUCUUACCUGUAACUAAAAAUAAUUUUUAUGCAAUAAAUUAUAUUUCUUAGUUUAAAAACAGUCUCUGUGUGGUUUGUUGUUGUUGUUGUUGUUGUUAAGCCUGACAUUACAUCAUUAGUACUUGGAAUGUUCACUUAAAGCAGGGGUGGGCAAACUAUUCCACAAAGGGCCGCAGUGGGUGCGGGUUUUUGCUGCAACCCAUUAAGAGGACACA